AGACCCCAAACAUGCACUACUGCGUCAUUGCUUUGGCCCUCUUAGGCGCCGCGACCGCCGAUGUGAGUCACCUGCUCCACGCACAAGCCGCAGGUUACAGCUACAGCAGCAGCUCAGCCAGCGUGCCAGGCGCUGAUGCCAGCAGCUAUCAGCCAGAAAACCUCAUUCCCCAGCACUUGAGGUCCGCAGAAUCCUACAACAUUGGUGCUGAUACCCAAACCCCCGAGCAGUUCAUCCCCGAAGCCGAUCGCGUUGCUCAUGCCCGUUAUGUGCAAGAACAGGCCGCUCCUGGCAGUGAUGCCAGCAGCUAUCAGCCAGAGAAUUUAAUUCCUGCACAUUUGAAGGCUGAGACAGAGUCCUACAACAUUGGCGCUGAUACGCAGACCCCCGAGCAGUUCAUACCCGAGGCCGUUCGCGUUGCCCAUCAGACCUACACACAGGCUGAGGCUGCUCAUUCCAGGCUCCGACUCCAGCAGUUAUCAACCCGAGCACUUGAUCCCCCAGCAUCUGAAGUCCGCUCAAGUUCAGCCUCAGUUUACCCAGGCGCCGACUCCAGCAGCCAUCAGCCCGAGCACUUGAUUCCCCAGCAUCUGAAGUCCGCUCAAGUCCAAACUCUAGUUUACCCAGGCGCCGACUCCAGCAGCCAUCAGCCCGAGCACUUGAUCCCCCAGCAUCUGAAGUCCGCUCAAGUUCAACCUCAGGUUUACCCAGGCUCCGAUCCCAGCAGCUAUCAACCCGCUCAUCUCAUCCCUCAGCAUCUGAAGUCCGCCAAAAUUGCCACCCAGACCGCUCAGAUUAUUUCCGGUGCCGUUCGGUCCUUCAACAUUGGCGCCGAUAGCUUCACCCCGGAGCAGUUCAUACCCGAGGCUGACCGCAUCGCCCAUGCCCAAUAUGUCCAGGAGUUCAAUGCCGGGACACACGUGCCCGUUGCCAUUGGACGUGACACAAUCACGCCAGCUCAUCUGCGCUCCAGCUCGUACUCCUCAAGCAGUUCCCCCUCCUCAUCGGGCACCCAGUACGCUGCCAAUGGCGGUUAUGUCUAUUAGAUAGUAAGAGCCUAUUGAAUAAACAGAUUUUGACAUUAGACAAUCGA